CAGCAUGUGACGUGCGUUUCCGGGGCCGUCGCCGUUCGUGUUACACUGUCUGUCGAACGGCAACUGCUCUGUCUAGUUGUCCAGUUGUUCCAAGGAGAGCCCAAGCCCAAGCCAAUAGUCACCUUUGAGACCUCUCCGUAUACAUCGACGAUCAUCGUUAGCCCAUGACUAUCUACAGCCUGUAUAUCUUCGACCGUCAUUGCGCCUGCAUUUAUUAUCAAGACUGGCACCGAACCAACAAACCCAAACAACCUAGCGUCACCGUCGAUGGAAGGUCACAACUACUACCCGGUGUUUCUCGUGCCAUCGUAGCGGUAGCGCCGCCUCCUCCUCCCGGUUCAUCCGCAACGACACGCCCCACGUCCCUUCUUCAAGACGCACAUGCACAGUCGCAGUCGCAGUACUCCCAAUCGACAUACAAUCUCGCGGGGAACACAGGAGUCGUCAUCGCGCAGAACGAACCUCAUCAGACACCCACCGCGAGCAUGGCAUCUGGACAGAACUCCACCACGUCCACUACAGCGUUACCCUUUGAUGAGGAGGCCAAGUUAGUGUAUGGCGUAGUGCUUUCCCUUAGAAACAUGAUCAAGAAGCUAUCUGGAAGAGACGAGAAUUUCGUCAGUUACAAGACAUCGACGUAUCGAAUGCACCUUUUCGAGACUCUAAGCGUGUAUGCCGGACCCUUUGAUGGAGAUGGAUUGAGAGAGCAUGGGAUAGACAACGAACACUUUCGAAACGCUGUCGAUAGGUUGAUGCGAAAUUUGUCCGUGGUUUAAUAUUGAUUCGCAUCUGUUAUGCUGCUGCUCGAAGGAGAAAAGAGAGCGAUCGCCAUCUCCGAUAGCUUGCGUUUGGCAAUGUGCGAAUGAUUGUUCAUACCGCCAUCAAAGGCCCAGGUUGCAUCUUUGGGCUUCCAGGCCGUGCUGCUGCGAUUUCCUGUGCUCCUCUGUUCACUACCAAGCGGGAGGAGGGAUGAUUCGUGAUCGAAAUCAACGUUCAUUGGAUCUCUCCCAUUGGUUGCGAUUGUUGGCUCUCGGGCUUGAGUAUGUACUCGCGUAGAAUG